UGUUGACCCAUCAAUACCUUUACAAAGAUUGCCAUAAGCUGAUAUUUCACCGAGUCCAUGAGGACCGGGCUCGAUUGAAGUAUUGGAUAUUUCACGUUCGAACAGCUAUCGAUCUCUGCCAUUUAAUCCGGCGCGAGUAUUCGCAGGCGACUUGCCCUCGAUAAUGAAAUAUUUAGAGUUUAACAUAUGGACAUAGUGGCUGCUAUUUAUUUUGUCGUUUGUCAUAAUAACUGAAGUGUAUAAAAAAAAACUUCAUAUAAAUCAUAACUCAAGUUUUUGUUAUAAAAGAAUAUUUAUGUGUUUUAAAUAAUAACUGAAUCCAUUUCUGAAGUGGAUCGUUUCGAAAAUACAUAAAAUCAUUGUGUUUCUGCGAUUGAUUGUAGGGAAAGGGAUUAUAUUUAGAACUGGUGUUUAUUGAACGAAUUGUGUGUGUGUGAAUGUAACGGGCAUAAGUCAACAGUUAAGUGAAAUAUAUUUGUUUUCCGGCACGAAGUUCUAGUGUUGUUCAAAACAAGACAUGGGAUGACGUACUCGCGUUUGUUCGUUGAGUUCAAAACAGAAAUACUACAAGUGAAGAAUGGCAGAAACAAAAUCAAAAGGUGGAGGGGAGCAAAACCUCAUGGUAUGCACGCGGAUCCGGCCCAUGAACGAGGAUGAAAUCUUGUUUGGAGCCACGUGCAUAGCGCACAAAGUCGAGGACAGAAUGUUGGUGCUGAUGGACCCUAUGGAGGACCCAGAGGACAUCCUGAGGGCCAACCGGACACGCGAGAAGCAGUUUGUCUUUGACACGUGCUUCGACGGCAGCUCCACACAGGAGGAUGUUUACAAGUCCUCCACCAAAUUCCUAAUCGAUAAUGUCGUCACGGGCUACAACGCCACCGUGUUUGCGUACGGAGCUACGGGCGCUGGCAAAACAUACACCAUGUUGGGAACAGAUGACGAUCCCGGCAUAAUGGCUCGAACACUUAACGAUCUCUUCAUCUCCAUGGAGAAAACGCGGGAAGACAUGAAAUACAAGGUCACACUAUCAUACCUCGAGAUUUAUAACGAGAUGAUUCGGGAUCUCCUCAGCCCCAGCUCGGGGAUCCUGGACCUUCGGGAGGAUGCUAAGGGCGGGAUCCAGGUGGCGGGCCUCUCUGAGGUUAAGGCCAGAUCAACUGACGAGGUGAUGCGGCUGCUACUGCAGGGGAACACACAGCGGACACAGGAGCCGACGGCUGCAAACAAGACCUCCUCUCGUUCACACGCCGUGCUGCAGGUGAUCGUGCGCCAACAGAACCGCGUAAAGAACACCAUGCAGGAAGUGCGCACCGGCAAGCUAUUCCUCAUCGACCUGGCGGGCUCUGAACGCGCAGCCAACACGCACAAUCGAGGCAAGCGGAUGGUGGAGGGCGCGCACAUCAACCGCUCCCUACUGGCUCUCGGCAACUGCAUCAAUGCGCUCACGGACAAGAACGGCAAGGGUUACGUGAACUACCGAGACAGCAAGCUGACCCGCCUCCUCAAGGACGCUCUAGGCGGCAACUGCAAGACGGUCAUGAUCGCGCACAUAUCGCCGGCAAGCAUCCACUUCGAGGAGUCUAGAAACACGCUUGUGUACGCCGACAGAGCCAAGCACAUCAAAACCAAGGUACGCCGCAACGUCACAGAUGUGGCGUAUCACAUAGCGCAGUACACGAACAUAAUCCAGGAGCUCCGGGAUGAGAUCAACCGGCUCCGACACCGCCUUAACAACCCGAGUACCAGCGCCGGCCGGAAGUCACAUAUAGCAGACAUUCAGUCGGUCCAGUCGGAAGUACUAGAGGCGAAGCGGAGCGCGGAUCGCGAGGAGCUAAACAAGAUCAAGGAGCAGUUGCUGAUCUCGUUCAAGGACCAGAUGGAGCUCCGGAAGUCGCUCAUGGAGCUCAACAACGCUACCAUGGAGAUCUCCUUGGAAACCAACCGCAACCAGAUGAUCAUCUCCGAAUGGGAGGUGGAGCUAGCCCGACAGAGCAAGGCUCGCAAUCCAGACCGUCCCUUGCAUGAGCUCAUAGAAGAUCACAAGAAGGCGCUGGACGUUUCCGGUACUGGGACGGACGAGAUAGAGGGCGCAGAGGACGUGCGGACGGCGCGCGAGGAGCUAAAGGUGCUGCACGAGGAAAAGCGGAAGACGGAGAAACUGCGGAUCACCGUCAAGAAGGAGCUCGAGGCCGCCCGCAUGAAGACGCGCAAACUGGAGGAGACGAUACCUCAGCGCGUGAACUCCGAGGACCAGAAGGACGUUCUGCGGUUGCUAUGCAAGGUGCACGCGCUCGAGAUCCAAAACACGGAGGUGCAGUCCUCCUGUCUGCUGAAGGACUAUCAAAUCAAAAAGAAGGACAUGGUGAUCGCGCGCUUCCGACAACACAAGCGCCUUUGUGACCAGAUCAUACGCAAGCAGAAGAACCUCAUAGAGGAAAACAACUUGGUGAUCUCUCGAGAACUCGAGGAGCUCAUCGAGAUGUAUCGUCUGGAGAACACGUUGCAGCGCGAGGACUCCGACCUCAGCGUGUCGUCUGACCCGACCGCCAAGGGCAACAUCUACGACGAUCAGCUUAGCACGUUAACAGAGGAAUCGGAACCCACACUGAGCAGACGACAGCGCAACGCGGACCUUAGACGAACUCCCAAUACUUACAGGAACUCAGACGAGCGGCUGUUUUCACAGACGCCGAUGGCACGUGGUAUUGAGAACGCAAAGUUCGACAACAGGGCCAAUCUAUCGGCGGCAUGGCGCAACAACUCUAGUCUGAGCCAGGAAAUUGACAGAGUGACACCCCCUGUCGACGCAUCCGGCGACAGGACCAGCCUAGGACAGAAUCCGUCCAGAAACUCGUUCAACGACCGACAUACUAUACUGUCCAAUACACGCAAUAUAGCCGCGCUGGCAGCAAAGAAGCGAAACAAAGCUCAAACCAAUUUAACAAACAUCGAGAAACGAGACUUACCUGAACAGCAGCGGCCGUUAUACAGGCCAAAUAACAAUGACAAUAGCAAGUCCUCUGAGAGAGAGACUUAUCUCUCCCCGAGCCGACUUGAUACACACAACAGAACGUUCAUUCCCGAGCACCCGUUUGUGUUAGUCAACAAGGUUCCCAGUGAGGAUAGCCUCUCGUUAACCGAGAAGCAGACGCUCGUGUCGGAGCGCUCCCUACCGCCGCUGCGCCGCGUGGCCGAGGCAAACGGCGGCGACCGGAACCGGAACGUGCGGCAGUGGGUACCCGUUGAUGGAAACAUUAAAAAGAAGAAGGAUAAAGCAGGGUACACUCACCAGUUCUUAAAGAAGAACCAUGGGCGUCAGGCGAGCAAAAAUCGUCCAAACGGCGAGAAGAAAACAAGUAGAACAGACCCGGAUAAAGAUUUCGAUUCAUUGUCUGUGGGAAGGAGGCGAAUUCAGAAAGGUCCCCAGAGUCAGUCGGAUUCUUCCAGCCUCGGGACGCCCAUGAACAUCGCGAAGUCCAAGCGACCUCCGCCUACUAUUCCAGGGUACAAGAAAGGGGACAUCACCAUUACCGGGUUCAGUCUACCAAGAUACUGAGUUACGUCCCUUGUCGGCAUUACAAAAAAAAAAGAACGUGCAUUAAUACACCAUUAAGUCGAAAACGAACUGUUUUGUUUAUAUCUGCAGUUUAAUUUAUUUAUGAAUCAGCAAUCGUGUACUCUUGCAUGCAUUAUUUACAUCAAUACGAAUGAUGAAUCUUAAUAACAUUGAAUAUGCGUUUUACAGACAAGCGUUUCCCCAACGCUAUACACUAAUUAUGUUCAAAUUUAGUCUCACCACAGCACGGUCUCAACUCAUGGGACCUUUUACGAGAGCAAAGUACUGCAUCAUAUUGCAACUAUAGCACCCUUUUUGUCUUAUAGCGACGCUAUUUGUCUCAAAUAUUAGUUUUUAAACAGCUUUACGUUUUCGUUGUGUAAAUUUCGUCUUUGUUGAAGUGCAAUGGUGGUGGGAACCUUUUUAUUGAGGCGAAAGCCUGGAUGAUAAACAAGCAGCAUCAAUAGAGCCUUGUUCUGAGAAAACUGGUCUUAAUGCAUGUGCGUAAAGUGUCGUCCGCACAGGCUAAUCUGGGACACUUUCCGCUUUUAUGGUAUUUUUAGUUUUAAGGAAGUCCUCCUUAUUAAUAAUCACGUUUAGGCGGAAAGUGUCGUCCCUGAUUAGCCUGUGCGGACUGCACAGGUUAAUCUGGGACGACACUUUACGCACAUGCAUUAAGCCCAGUUUUCUCAGAACAAUGCUCAAUAAUUCUGCAGUGAUGGUACCAUUUUUGCACAUUUUUUGACUGAAACAUGUCAGAGCGAGAUAAUCAUAGAAUCAUAUAAUGUGGAUAUACUAUUUACGACGAUAUGUUUAAGUUCUUGUUUUAAAUCUGCAUAAGUUAAAGAACAUUUUUUGUACGUGUCUAUGUAGUAAAGAGUUAUGCUAAUAUGUCUAUGCAAAGCUUUGUGCUGCCUGUAUGCCUAUACAACACAGUGUAGUACCCUUAUCGAGUACACUCACAAUGACGUAAUGAAGACGCAAACUCCUAACUAGUAACGGUUACAGUUAUAAACGGAUGCUUAGAAUAAAAACACAUGCACAAAAACACGUGCUUUAUUUUCCCAGACUUCACUCUCCAAUCUGUCGAGAUAUUGUUAGUGAUAUGCAUGUCUUUUGGAUGAUAAAUGUACACGUAAUUUUAAUUAAAACCUAAAACAUACUGAUGACACGCGCAAUUUAAUGCCAAGUUUCUGUGACAGUCACACACUGAGUGACACCUUUCUUUGGUACUACCUGUAUAAUACUUUUUACAAUAAACGGCGCGAGAAGUGUACCACACUAAUACCUUGCAUUUAAUUCCUUUCACGCUUUAUUUUGAACAUAAAAGGAGUUCAAAUAAUUUUAAGCAUAUAUUUUAAGAUACACAUCAUACUGUUAUCUUCUAAGCGAUAUAAAAAACAAAAGCCCAAUGAUAUAUAUUAUGUCUGCAAAUAGUGUACAUAGUUACCAGGAAUGACAGUGUACUGGACUGUGAUAUGGUGAACACCUACAGAUGGUUCGAGCUGUCAAUGUUGUAUAUUUUCAUAUUAUAUUUUUAUUAAUCUUUGUGCUUGUUGUAAAGAACAUAUCUGUGCAUUUUUCUGUUAAUUUGUUCCCAAAAAAUGUUAAUAACAGCAAUAUGUUUCACACAAUGUUAUUGUUACAUAAAUUGAAUGAGAAUAAAUUAUGAAAUCAA